AUGGUGGACAAGGAAUUCAGGAUCCAUGAGAGGGCGGGGGAUCUGUUCCUCUUCUCUUUUGAAUCUGUUCGAGAUCGUAACAAAGUAUUACGGGGAAGAGUCUGGUGUUAUGAUCGCGCCCCCGUGUGUUUUGCAGAGUAUGAUGGAGUCAAACCAUUGCAUGAAGUCCAAUUCAAGCAUCUCCGAGUUUGGGCUAGGGUUUCUGGAAUACCACCUCUUUAUGAAGAGUCUGAGAAUCUCACACUGAUUGGGAACCUCCUUGGGGGUUUUUUGGAUUAUGAUAAGGAGUUUAAGAAAGGAUUGAAUAGGAUUUUCUUCUCCCAUGAUGUGUCCAAGCCAAUCUUGCUUGAACGCAAAGUCUAUUUGGAUGUUGGUGUCGAACCGAUUCUUCAGUUUCACUUUGAACAUCUGCAAGGGAGAUGCUCGCAGUGUGGACUUGUCACUCAUACCGGAAUUGCAUGUGCGUAA